GAAUAGGCAACCCUAGUCGGAAAACCGAAAGUUCCGUCAGGGGGCGUGGAAAUGAAAGGCAACGCCGCCCGAUAAUAUUCUAUUUUUGGACCAAAACUCUGCUAUGAUUAAGGCGCAAUAUGUGAUGUUCGUGCUAACCCUUAUGUUGAGUGCAAUGCUCGAAACUGCAUCGAUAACCAAACGAAGCUAUUCAGACCAGUCUGUGAGAGGAUACAUCACUGAGCGAACAUGCUGGUGGAACGAAGUGUGCAAGGAAGAGUUCCAAACACUCUUCCGAUGUAAAUGCCCCUCAUGGUCCUACUGCAGAAGUCCUGGGCGUUAUUACAACGCCAUAUGCUCUAUGACAGAAACUGGAUACAUCUGGGAUCAACCCCACUCGGAAUGGCGCCCACAAUAAAGAACGUAAUAAACAUCUAAAUGUAUUUUCAAAAUAUUAUUGUAACACAAAACAUUCUAG